UGCACUUCCCUGCCUUGGCUCAUCCUGCUGAUGCUUCCUCUUGGCUGCUGAUGGGACUGCAGCACCUCAUUUUUUGGAUAUCUGAUACAAGCUUGUGCUGGCAUCUGAAUUUGCUCCAGCCUUGAUUUAAAUGCAGUAAAUGUUCUGGUUGCGAACCAUUUUGAAUAAGUUUGUGUUCCUGGUUGGAAGUGCUUCGCCAACGGCUUCAAAGAGGGCUUGAUUCCUUGUUGAGCGUGCCUCCGGGUCCCAGGGCUGUGAUGGAGCACCUAGACCCAAAUGAUGUGCCCUUCCAGGUCCUCCGGCAGUCAGAAAGCUUGGUUGUUGACGGACGAUUCACCUCAGAGUGGGAGAGCUCCACAGAGGCCACGUCUCUGUCCUCUGAUCCCAGGCAGGAGGCUCCAGAGCCGGGUAGAUGUUACUCAACCCUGGAGGUCAUCGAGCUCCGCAGGCAGCAGCUUCACAACAGGCACGCCAUCCUGCUGAGCAUGCACCAGUUUAGGAAUAAAAACAAGGAAAACAGCAGCAAGACCAACGAGGAAAUGGCCGGUGAGGACGAUGACCAUCCCUGCGAGCUGGAAGCCAUCCAGAGGGAGCUGGAGGAGCUGGCGGCUAAAGAGAGGGACUUCCAGCGGCACAAAGGCAGCAGUCCACAUGGAAGUCAUUUGGACAUACAUUCCCCCCCAUACGAGGUUGAUCAUGUGACACGAUAUGGGGGGAUCUACACGCUGCCGCCACCCCAGCUCCCAGGGGAGGAAGUGACAUCAGCAACAUGGGAGAGGGGGGGAGGGCCCAAACAGGAAACUGAGCCUGACGCAGAAAAAACAACAGACCCCGUCACUCCAGCCGAAGAUCUGGCCUUGACCUCAGCUGUCACCAAAUGCCCGUCCUGUGACAUGAUCGUCACCACGGAAACCCACAGGAGAGUGGGUAGGACAAUGUGGAUACUUUGCUGGUUGUCAUCCAUGUUCGGGUGUGUUGCAGGCUGCUGUUUGAUCCCGUUCUUCCUAAAUACUCUGAAGGACAUCGAUCACCGGUGUCCUGAGUGCCACACAGUCAUCAAUACCUACUAUCAUCUCUGACAUGGAGCUACCCUGGUUUGACUCUCACAGACAGCACAAGUCAUGACUGGUGUACAUGAUUCUGCCCUCUGUCCACUUCUCUGAUGCCUUUGACUUGUCUUGGUCCUGAUCUUGGUUUCUACUGGCCAUAACUGGAUGUUGGCUUCUCUAAAAAUUUUAAGAUACACAUUUGUCCAGAUCAAGAUGACCUUUAUUUUCUACCAGCACUACAAACAAUAUCAAGAAUUAUACCUGUGUAUAGCACUUAGCAGCCCUAAAAUGCCUAUGGUUUGGUAAGCUGGUGGUUGAGGGGCAAAGGACAGAGAAAUCUACAUUUUGUUUAUGCUUAAGCAUUGCUGAUGGAAAGGCUGUUUAUUGCCUAUUUCAUUUUUUGUCUCAGCUGUGACUCACGUUGCUCUGGUCUCUGUCUUCACUUGACUCGGAAUUGACUUGGAUUUGACCAAAGUGGUCUGGCCAGCAGCCUCGGUGCAAACUCUCCAAAUGCUUUGACUGCCUUGGUACCAUCAUGUCAGUAACCAGAACUCUUUUCAACAGACGAGAAAUGCGUCCAUCAGCUGUCUGAAGUGAUAUUUUCACCUUCCUGUAAGACUGAUUAUGAGUCAGCCUCUGUUAUGGCCUCUGCUUAUCAUAAACCUGGUGCUUACUUAACUAUCUCCUGAUGCGGACUGAAAGAUCUGGGAUUAACACAGCUCAGUUUGAUAGUGAAUGAGCAGACAGUAGCAACUCAUGUAGCAACUACUACAGUAGCAACUAGUUCUUGACCCCCAGCUGUUUUUAUUUUUUUUUAAAUUUAUACUGCUUAACAGCGAAUCUAUUAGCACUUUCAUUCAAAUCUGAUGGGUAAUGGUGAUGUGCUGAUACUAUUCCACAGUAUUAUGGAAAUGUGUUAGGUGAACGGGAAUGUGUCCCGGCUAAUAUGCAAACAUUGGUAUACAGCCCAGCAGAACAGGCAAAAACCUACUUUUAUUAUCACAUCUGCAUGCACUAUCACAUGAUGCAAUGCCAACAGUGUGAAGGAGGUGGUUUAGAUAUUACUGAGCUUGAGAGUAUAAUGCAGCUUGGUUCCUCUGUGUCUGUAUACAUACAAUUUUAAGUUGCUCUUUCAUUAUAAUCAAUUCUAUGAAUACAAUUAAUCAAAACAAAGAUUCUAAAAAAAAAAAAAAAAA